CUCAGACAAAAUUAUAUAAAAGGGAAGUCAUCCAGUGACCAAACACCUCCAUCACAACCAGCAAUACUGCUAAACACACCUGUUCCAAACAGUAGUCAAACCUAAACUUUCACCAUGAACAAAAUCGUAUUCGCCGUUCUCGCCCUCGCCGUUCUUGCCAUGAACGCCCAAGCCAGCUUCUAUGGAGGUCUUGGUGGUCUUGGUGGACUUGGUGGACUUGGAUACGGAGGUCUUGGAUUCGGUGGACUCGGUGGAUUCGGCGGUGGAUUCGGUGGUAUUGGUGGAUUCGGUGGAAUCGGCGGCGGAUUCGGCGGUAUUGGCGGAUUUGGUGGAAUUGGCGGAUUUGGUGGAAUCGGUGGUGGAUUCGGUGGAAUCGGUGGAUUCGGCGGUAUUGGUGGAUUCGGGGGUCUUGGUGGACUGGGCGGUCUUGGAGGCUUUGGCAGACUUGGAUUAAUCGGAAAAGGCUAUUACUACUAAGCUCCUCACCAUUGAAGCAAACAAUUGUGCAUUCUGAUGAUUUUCGUCAUGAAACUGCAAUCUGUCUGCCAAUGAUUAAAAAAAAAUACUAAUA